ACCUCAGAAACGCCCCACCCCCAACUUCAUUCUUUUUACAUAUUACAUCUGUCACUUUCUUUCCUGUGUUCCAUUCUUCUCUUUUCCCUCUUUUUAUAGCAAAACCAAUAUUUUCCCAUAGUAGAAAUCCUCAGGAACUGAAAACCAUGAAAGAGAGAGGCAAAGCUGCUAUAAUGGAAACUGAUAACUUCUCAGAUUUCAACUACUCAGUUUCAUCAGAUAUGCCAUGUAAGAAACACCCUUCUUCAUCUUCCAUUGGAAUAUGUUCUUAUUGCCUUAAAGAAAAACUAGUCAACUUAAUUUGCUCAGAGUGUGGUGAACAAAGACUCUCUUCUUGUUCUUGCUCUGAUUCUUCUUCUUCUAAUAGAAAAUCAUGCACUACUGAUAUUGGUAGUGUUGGUAGGAUUUCCUUUUUAUUGGAAAACGAGAAAACAGAUUUCCAAAAGGAACUGAUGACGAAGGAAAAAAAAGAGCAAGUCAUAGUCUUGAGGAGAAGUAACAGUAGUUGUGUUGAGAUCAAGAAAAGUAACAAUGGGUUUUGGAAAAUUAAGAGGCUUUUUAGUAAGAAGAAAAAAAAGGGUGUUGAAAAUGGUAAUUGUUUGGAUGAGAAUAGUAGUGAUAUUUGGGUGAAUGAUGUUAUGGGAGUAUCAAGAUCAAGAUCAGUAUGCAGUUUUAGAGGUGGUGGAUUUAAUGAUACUGACGAAGGUAGUGAUUAUAGAUUUUCAAGUGCUAAAAUAUCUGAUGUUACUGGUGGAAUAUUAAUGGAUUCUGAUGAACCAAGAAAAAGUGGAUAUAGUGUUCCAAAUAGGAGUAUAUUUCCAGUUAAAGAAAGUGAUUUUACUAACAUGGAUGAUUCAGCUUUUAUUGACUUAAAAUUGGAUUUAUCAUCAUCAGAGUCUAAACAAGAUUUUCCUGUUGGUAUGAGGCUUAGUAAUGUUUCAGAUAAUGGGCGGGCUGGGCUGGAUUUGGGCGGGUUGAAAACGAGUUCAGCUAAGAGGCUUAGUAGUGCUUCGGAUAAUGGACGGGCCGCGUUGGAUUUGGGCGGGUUGAAAACCGGCCAUGCGACUUCUUUAGGUCAUUUGAGAGGCCCUAUGAAUGGGGUAUUUGGUCAUAGUGGUUCUUGUAGAGUGAAUGAAUAUGAUAGGGGGGUAAAAAGGAGUGGCAAUAAAGGGAACAAAGUGUGGAAAUGGAUUUUCAGUUCUGGGAGGAAGAGUACAAGCAGUAACAGAGAUGAAAAUGACAUAUUCAAGUCUUGAAUUUUGUUAAAUUAUGAAAGAUUUGUAAUGAUCUAUUUGUUUUUGUUGAUAUAUGAUACUAUAUGAUAUCUCCUUUAGUUGGUUUAGAGGGUUACUUUGAACAGUAAAUAUAGAGUUUCCUAUUUUCUGCUUUUCGUUA